ACGAUGGAGAUUGGGGAGCCAAAGCCGUUGAAUUCACCGGCAUCAUACCUACCGUCCUACCCACCAUCCUACCAGGAAUAGAUUAUAAUCUAGUCGCGGCCGGGAGUACGUCGCCACAGUUCCAUUGGUGACAGUCACGUCCUCUUCUACCCUCAGCUCUCGCGCUCAGUCCAUGGGUUUAUUUUCCGCCCAGCAGAAGGUCAUGGCUUCCUCUGCCACCAUGUCGGUACUGGCGGUGGUGCUACUGCUACUAGAGGUGGCGCAGCCAUCGCAGGCGGACACGGCAUGCUACUCGCGGCUGUUCAGCUUCGGGGAUUCGCUGGCGGACACGGGCAACCACCGCUUCGUCUUCCCCAACGACACUGUGUCUCCCGGGCUCAACCUGCCCUAUGGCGAGACCUUCUUCCACCAUGCCACCGGCCGCUGCUCGAAUGGCCGCCUCAUCAUCGACUUCAUUGCGCACGCGCUAGGGCUGCCGUUCGUGACGCCGUACUGGAGCGGGAAGAGUGUGGAGGACUUCGCCCACGGAGCCAACUUCGCCGUGGCCGGCGCAACAGCGCUGAGCCCGGAAUUCUUCUGGGAGAGGGGCUACGCUGCGGCUGAGGCUGACACGGUGCACCUCGACCAGGAGAUGAACUGGUUCCGAGACCUACUCGACCUGCUCUGCCCAGGCGAUUUAUCGGACUGUGCGGAUAUAAUGAACAAAUCUCUGUUCUUAGUUGGAGAAAUUGGGGGCAAUGACUACAACUACCCUCUCCAAUCUUUCAUGCCCUAUGAGAUGAUUCAGUCAUUCACUCUUAGUGUCGUUGACAAAAUUUCUUCCACGAUCACUAAUUUGAUUGGGCUGGGAGCCAAAACAUUAAUAGUUCCUGGUAACCUCCCGAUUGGGUGCUUACCGGUUUACCUAAUGGCAUACAAGAGUGACAAGAAAGAAGAAUAUGAGCCAGAGACAGGUUGCAUCCGUUGGCUGAACGAAUUCUCACAGUAUCACAAUAAAAUUCUUAUGGAUGAGUUGGAGAAGUUGCGAAAGCUUCAUCCUAACGUGUCAAUCAUCUAUGCCGAUUACUAUGCAGCUGCUAUGAAAAUAUUUGUUUCCCCUAAGCAUUUUGGAAUUGAGGAUCCGUUGGAGGCUUGCUGCGGAGGAGGAGGUCCUUAUGGUGUUUCUUUGAGUGCACGUUGUGGACAAGGAGAAUACAAGGUGUGUGAUGAUCCACAAAAUCAUGGAUCCUGGGACGGCGUGCAUCCCACGGAAGGAAUAUACGAAGCUAUUGCCAAUGGCCUGCUAAGAGGUUCAUAUACUAAGCCUCCAAUUUCUACCACCACAAAUUCAUGUGGAAGACAUACUGAGCUUUUGUCUUCUGUUGAAUACAAGGUCAUCUAUGACAUGUAAUUUGUAACUAUAUUUUCAGUGCACCUCGCAAAUGCAAGGCAUCAUCUUUAGUGGGUUCUAAAUGUUAAAAAAAUAGUAAAAACUUCAUAGGUAUCAUGUUAUGAUAAGACAUAAUAAUAUCAUAUGACUAUCGCAAAUGUCAUGAUAAAUAUAAUAGCGCAUAUG